UUUAGGACAACAUUGGCUUCUCUGACUGACUGGUUUGGUACAUUAGCUAGAGCCUUUUAACCCCCCCCCAAAAACAAUGAAAUACCAAACGUAGUGAAAUACAUUUAGUUCCCUGGACUAAAUGACGGGGAGAAAUAUCGACCCUUUGUCACUUGAUGAGACCAUUGAUGAAGGGAAAGAGGAGAAGGAUGUGGAGAAGAGGAGAGCCUCGGUGUGGGAACAUCAGGAGCUCGCCCAGAUUCCCAUCAAGGUGCUGAGGGGUCACACAGAUGCUGUCACCGGCUGCCACUUCUGCUUUGACGACACCAAAGUCCUGACCAGUUCCCAGGACAAGACGGCCGCUCUGUGGGACACGGAGAGUGGCGCCGUGCUGUUGGUGUUUGAGAGAGGACAUCUGUCCAACAUCUCUGAGUGUGCCUUGAUCCCUGACAAGAAAAGGCUGAUUACUGCAUCAUGGGACAAGACCCUAAAUGCAUGGGACCUGGAGACUGGCAAGAUCAUUUGGACUGCAGCCCAGGCUGGUCUCCUGACCUCAUGUAGCGUCUCAGAGGACGGGAAGUACGUAGUCUCCUCCUCCGACCUGGAGAAUGCAAUCUGCCUGACCUCAGCUGAUACAGGGGAGAGGCUCUUCCACAUCAAAGAUCACCACAAGUCUACGAUCACGCGGUGCCGGUUUGAUCCUCAGAGUCAGCACGUAGCCAGUGUCUCUGAAGACAGAACCAUCAAACUGUGGGACCUGGUCUCCACCCAAACCACACUCUCCAUCAACAGCACCCACACCAACGUCAUCUCCAACUGCUGUUUCACUGCUAACGGACGCUACUUGUGCACUGCAUCAUGGGACAAGACUCUGCAGCUGUGGGACGUCCAGACAGGAGCAUUCCGUUCCCACGGUGGCCUGACCCUGAGCAAAGGACACGACGGAUCCGUCAGCUCCUGCACCUUCUCUGUGGAUGGGUCAGUCCUGGUGUCGGGGGCGUAUGACAGAACAGUGGCUGUGUGGAACAUGGAGACCCUCUGCAAGACCCUGGAGUUGAAGGGACAUGCAGAUUGGGUGACAGAUGUGGCAAUCAGUGCGGACAAAAAAUGGGUGGCCUCAGCUUCCAAGGACACCACUGUCAGGUUGUGGAAUAUAGAACACUCUGAAGAUAUCCCUGCCGUUAUUGAGACCAGGAAGGCUCAGGGCUAUCAUAUCCUCCAGUGUGAGGAGUGUGGAAAGGCUUUCUCCAUUUCUCGACUGGAGAACUCCGACUUGGUCACAAAGUGUGUGUUCUGCCGAUUGAAGACAGAAACCAGAUCCCAUCUUCAACCACCUCCUCUGUUGUCUAGUGUUCUGCCGAUUGAAGACGGAAACCAGAUCCCAUCUUCAACCUCCUCCUCUGUUGUCUAGUGUUCUGCCGAUUGAAGACGGAAACCAGAUCCCAUCUUCAACCUCCUCCUCUGUUGUCUAGUAUUUGAAUGUAUUAUUUUCUAAUGCUUGUAUGUUACUGUAUAUAACUAGGUCCUGUGUUAAUUGAGUACUGUAUCCUGUUAAAACUCUAUUUGUUCAUUGAUUUUGUCAGAAAACAACUAAAGUAUCACUGCAUUGAAGUGCUAGCUGUGCCACUAGACAUUCUGGGUUCGAGGCCGGCCGCGGCCCGGAGACCCAUGGGGCGGCACACAAUUGGCCCAGCGUCGUCCGGGUUAGGGGAGGGUUUGGCCGACAGGGAUGUUCUUGUCCCAUCGCGCACUAGUGACUCCUGUGGCGGGCUGGGUGUAGUGCACGC